AUGGGCGGCGUCCGCAACAACAGGCCUGGCCCGUUCGGGGAUGCCCAGAAAGCAAGGGCUGCUGUGUACUCAAACCCGCCAGAGUUGAUUUCAGUGGGCUUAGAAAAUGAAUACUGCCCUCCGCUGGAUCCCGCACUUUUCGUGGCUAUAGCAAGCGAUUAUAACCUUCUCAACGACGGUAGCGUUCGGCAACUACGCGACACUCUAGAUGCGCUGAAAGCUUCAGCUGAUGAGCAAGAGAAUGCUACAUUCGACCCUUCUGGCAAAAGCGGCCGGGAUUUCGUAGCGGGGGAUCAUGACGAGUUCGCGUCAGAGGAAGAUGGAUCACAUCCAACAAAAAACUCUUUGACAUCGACUCUUGAGCCUAUCGAAUCUGUUUUCUCUGUGUUCAGUUUGGAGGAGAACCUGGAGCCCACUCGUUCUGGAUUGACUUUCGAGGGUAAGAGGGCGUAUUUAAUGGAUAUGUUUCCGUCAAUUGACCAAUACACAAUUGUUCAUACUUUGAGAAAAUGUGGCGAGGAUAUUGACCGCUCGAUGGAUGUUUUGCUCAACCUGGCGUUUUUUGAAAACCAAAGCACUGAUGAUCAGGAAGACAAAGUGUCAAUACCGAAGGGAAUAGAUGGGUUCGAAGUCGAUAUCCACUCAAGAGAACGUAAGUGGGCGAAAAGUAAGCGGUCUGUAAAAAGGCAAGGAUCGCUUCCUCCGUCGAUUGCAUCAUCUGCUGUAACACAACAUGAAACCAAUAGGGUGGAAAAUGUAUGGGAGAAUAGCAGAAGAGAUGUCAACUUUAUCUGUUCCAGAACGUACCUCUCGCCCAAGUUCGUUACUUCUGCCUACCAUACAAACGGAGCAUCCCUCCCAAACACAUUGCACUCCCUUGCGUCUGCGGAGGCGGAGCGACACGCAAAUUCCAUGAUGGAUAAGUCAAUCACAGUCACGCAAAUAGCAGAACUGAAGCAGGAGUUCCAUAAAGUUUCCUCCGAGAAGCUUGCCGGAUUGCUUCUACUAGCCAGGAACUCAACCUCAGCAGCCAGUGAGCUUGCAACCGUGAUGACAACCGCUGCACCACCUCCGACAGAAAUCGUCCAAAUACAACAAGCACCUGUGGAUCUCAGUGAAUUUCCAUCUCAGACUCAGAAUUCCCGGUCACGGACACGAGAGCAGCCCCACGACCACCUCACCAGCAGAGCGAUAGCAGACUCGCACAUCAUCGCAGGCCACAGCGCUUUUGCCAAGGCCAAUUCAGCCUAUCGCCGCGCCAAAUCAGAUCGCCUCAUGGGUGGUGCCGCUGGGUACUACUCCGCGGUGGGUCGUGAACGUGUGGAAAAAGCCAAAAGGGAAGCCGCAGCUGCGGCAAAGGCACUCGUAGAGUUGCAGUCCAACAGCACGUUGCUGGACCUGCACGGCGUUAGCGUACAACAUGCCGUUGACAUCGCGAAGAAGAAGGUUGAUGCCUGGUGGUAUUCACUUGGUGAUACCAAAUAUGCUCCUGGCGGCUGGGGUCCCGUGCAGCAGGGCUAUCGCAUCAUCACGGGCCUCGGUCGCCAUUCAAAGAACGGCACUGCGAGACUGGGUCCAGCGGUUGCGCGGGCUUUGGCUAAUGAAGGAUGGAAGGUCGAGGUUGGCGAGGGAUCCUUGACGAUUACGGGAAUGGCUAAACGUCGAUGA